UUGUCCCCUUGUUUUCGUCUCUGGUUAAGAUCUAACAAAGGAGUUCCUCUUUCGCGUGCAGCUGAAAGAGAAGAGCAGGUUCAAAUGACAUCUCAUAGGGAAACUCAGUUUUCUGAAGGCGGCAGAAGUAAAAGUGUCAUGAACGGAGCUGGAACCUCCCAAGGACAAUGGGGUAGAGCCUGGAAAGUUGACUGGUUUUCCUUAGUGGGUGUCAUCUUUCUGCUCCUGUUUGCCCCCUUCAUUGUGUAUUAUUUUAUAAUGUCGUGUGAUCAGUACAACUGUUCUCUAACUAAACCAGCUAUUGACUUGCUCAUGGGAAAAGCCCACCUUUUGGAUAUCUGGAACAAGACACCACAAUUGACCCGGAAAGCUGCAACCCUAUAUACUUCUUGGGUAAUUUUCCAGGCAUUUUUGUUCAUGCUUCCUGACUUUUGCCAUAAGUUUCUUCCUUACUAUCGAGGAGGGGUACAAGAAGGUGCUGUGACACCUGCUGGCAUAGUACUUAAAUAUGAAAUCAAUGGACUUCAAGCGUGGCUUAUCACACAUGCACUCUGGUUUGCAAACAUUUAUUUCUUCCAUUGGUUCUCACCCACCAUCAUUUUUGACAACUGGAUUCCACUCUUAUGGUGUGCAAAUAUCCUGGGCUAUUUGGUGUCUGUAUUUGCACUAAUAAAAGCCUAUUUUUUCCCAUCUAAUGCAAAAGAUUGCAAAUCCACUGGUAACUUCUUCUAUGACUUCAUGAUGGGGGUUGAAUUUAAUCCUCGUUUAGGAAAGUGGUUUGAUUUCAAACUGUUUUUCAAUGGUCGCCCAGGAAUUGUAGCAUGGACUCUUAUUAACCUCUCCUAUGCCGCAAAACAACAGGAAUUGUAUGGACGUGUAACAAACUCCAUGAUACUUGUCAAUGUCCUGCAGGCAAUUUAUGUUUUGGACUUUUUCUGGAAUGAAGCUUGGUAUCUGAAAACAAUUGACAUCUGCCACGAUCACUUUGGAUGGUAUCUGGGCUGGGGAGACUGUGUCUGGCUGCCUUAUCUCUAUACCCUGCAGGGAUUGUACUUAGUCUACCACCCUGUUCAACUUGCCACAGGUAACGCAGUUGGAAUUCUACUGCUGGGUCUGGUAGGCUACUAUAUCUUCAGGAUGGCCAAUCAUCAGAAAGAUCUCUUUCGUCGCACUGAUGGCAACUGUAAAAUCUGGGGCAAGAAACCCAAAUACAUUGAAUGCUUCUAUAUGUCAGCUGAUGGGACCAAACAUCAUAGUAAACUGUUGACAUCAGGAUUCUGGGGAGUGGCGCGCCAUUUUAACUAUACAGGAGACUUGAUGGGGUCCCUGGCGUACUGCCUCUGUUGUGGUUUUCAGGACAUCCUCCCUUAUUUCUACAUCAUUUACAUGACCAUUCUUCUGGUCCAUCGCUGCAUCAGGGACGAACACCGAUGUGCCGGCAAGUAUGGCAAGGAUUGGAAGCGGUAUACUGAUACAGUACCAUACCGUCUUUUUCCAGGGGUUUUUUAAAUAUUUCAAACAUUAAAUAUAUUUUGGAGGCCACCUAUGAACAAUAUAUUAUCAAUGGAGCAAGUUUUAAAGAUGAGCUAUAUCUUUUGGAUCAUCUAAUGGGGAAUGACACACGCAUUUGUUAAAACCGUUGUACCACUGAACUUACAUAAACUUUUUAGGGAUUAUUUUGUGUUUUAAAAAGUCAUUUUGUACUGUUUUUAAUUACUUUUGUCCAAAUAAGCUUCAAAUUUAAAAAUUAAGGAAAUAUUAGUUAUAAUAAAAUCCAUUGUGUUAUUUCAUUGUGGGUUAUAGUCAAUAGAGGGAAAUGAAGUAGGAGCUAAGUAGGCCCUUUAAGAUGUUCUUUUCUGUCAUGUAUUUUGUUCAAUAGUUGUUCCUGAAGAUUGUGUCUUGAGUGGGAUCUUGAACUAUAAAUGAAAGAAAUUUAUUGUCUGAUCUUCCAAUAGACUUUCUGUAGCUGGAUAGGAGAUUCUGGAGGUUUCAUUAAAUUUCAAAUGCAGAUUUGUGAGAAAGAACAACAGAGGAAGGAAACAAUUAGGAGGACUUUGAUUAAUUUGUUUGUUUUCUAGAAGUGUGCUGAACUGCGGCACUCACUAAUUAUCUUAGAAAGUUCCUGUAUUCUAUUGAUACAAGUCCACUCUCAAAAAUAAGGGAUACAGUGUAUGAAAUAUGUUGCUGUGGCUAAUCUCAAUUUUUUGAAAGCUGUGUGUCCCAGUUGAUUAGAAUUGGACUCAGCAUAUAAAAAUGUAAUACAGGAUUAAAAUUUUUUAUUGCAAGAUGGAAACUGCAGAAGCAGACUGCAGUUGACUUAAAAUCAGUGUUACAUAUAACUAAGGAUUAUGUGUAAUGACUCACAUGUUUUAUAUAACACAGUUAAAAGAGAUUAUUGGCAUAAUUAUUGCAAAUACUUCACAACUUUGAGAACAUUAUUCUCAGAUCAUCUUGCUUAUACAUGUCCAUGUGUGUGAUACUUAUCAUACAGCUCAAUCUGGGGUUGAGGAAUGGAAUGGAGACUAGCUCUAAAGUACAUAGAGGCUUUCGCAUUCCUAGAAUUGGCUGUUUAGGAUGAUGGACUGGAAAAAAAGCAGGAUCAACAGCCAAUAGAACUCUGGACUAGUGUGAUCCAGAGCAACGCAUGGAAAGCAAUGUGUAUAUUUUCACCUGCAGUGAAAUAAAAAAUUGAACUUACACCUG